GAUGGCAGUUCGGUUGGUCGCGGUGCUGGCGUAUGUUGUUCUGACGGUGGUUGUGGUUUCCGUCAUGGAGGAAGCUUGGGGUUGUGGCAGUAGGUAUGGUUGUUUUCAUGUAAAGCUAGCUUCGACGGAGAACCAAAGCCGAAAGCUUUUGCAUGGCUCGGAAGAGGUUUUCAAGAGUUUUAGGCCGUUGGAUUCUCGACGUCGUGGUGGGAACUUGGUUAGUUGGGAUCUAAGAAGGGUUCCGUCAGGUCCUGAUCCUCUGCACCAUAACGGUGGCAGCCCUAAGAAGCCCCAGACUCCAUGAGUCUCUCUCUCUCUCUCUCUCUCUCUUUCUCUCUGAAAAUAUCCCUGCCGUGAAAAGCAAUGUUUUCUAAAACCAGAAAAAUCAGGGAAUUUACGUGUUGUAGGUGUUUUGAUCUUUAAUGUGAUAAAUGGCAGCUUUUCAACCAGAA